AUGCCGUCGGUUCGCCGGAUGAUACUGGGACACGUUAUGUCCGGUCUCUGUACCAAAAUGAAUCGCACUAAGAAGCUUCAGGGUGAUUUACUGGAAACACCAAUGAAAAGAUGCCUUUCCACGUUCGACAUUACGUUGCUCGGAGUGGGUCACAUGGUCGGCGCUGGAAUUUACGUUCUAACAGGAGCAGUGGCCCACAAUACGGCUGGUCCAGGCGUAAUUCUAAGCUUUAUCUUCGCUGGUAUUGCUUCAUUAUUAGCGGCAUUAUGCUACGCUGAAUUUGGGGCACGAAUUCCAAAAGCUGGAAGUGCUUACGUUUACACGUACAUAUCCGUCGGUGAAUUUUGGGCUUUCGUAAUCGGUUGGAAUAUUAUCUUGGAGCAUAUGAUCGGCGCAGCAUCUGUGGCCAGAGCCUGGAGCGGAUAUGUCGAUUCCUUGGCAGGUGGAUCGAUUAGCAAUUACACCCGCCACGUAAUGCACGGCUACACCAUGGGAGAGCCACUGGGAAGUAUUCCCGAUCUUUUGGCCGCUGGUUUAUGCCUGGCUUAUGCUAUGCUGCUCGCGAUAGGCGUGAAAUGUUCGGCAACGGUUAAUUCUCUGCUGACCAUAGUCAAUCUGGCUGUGAUGAUACUGGUGAUCGGUUUGGGGAUUUGGUACGCGGACAUUUCGAAUUGGAGCAGCCAGAACGGAGGAUUUCUUCCAUACGGUUUUAGCGGCGUGCUAGCAGGCGCGGCAACGUGUUUCUAUGCUUUCGUGGGCUUUGACUCGAUUGCAACUUCCGGCGAAGAGGCGCGCGAUCCUGGGUACAGCAUACCACGGGCAACGAUGUUCUCGAUGGGGAUCGUCACUAUCGGAUACGUGAUGGUUGGAGCCGCUUUAACAUUAGUCGUGCCAUAUUGGAACAUUAAUCCGGCGGCAGCCCUACCCGAAGCUUUUUCGUCGAGAGGAAUCCCAUGGGCAAAAUACGUGAUAAGCGUUGGGGCUUUGUGUGGAAUGACGACAACCCUUUUCGGAUCUCUGUUUUCCCUGCCCCGAACAAUGUACGCUAUGGCGAACGACGGCCUGCUAUUUGGCUUCCUGGGCCAUAUAAGCGAACGCACACAGGUACCGGUUCUCAACCUGGCCAUCAGUGGUUCCGUUAGUGCCUUAAUCGCUUUGCUAUUCGAUCUCCAACAUUUGGUCGAAUUCAUGUCGAUCGGUACCUUUUUGGCCUACACGAUCGUUUCAGCUAGUGUCAUUAUAUUGAGAUACCGGCCUGAACAGAGCACACCUGCACCCUCGAAUGCCGGUACACCGAAUAGCUUGGCAUCGCCACCGACGGAAAGCGCCGAUUCCAAUAGCGAUUGUCGCAGCGUUACAUCCGCGGAGUCUGAGCUGUUGGAUUUGAGCGGUGGUAUUGGAAAACUGAAACCACGAUAUAUCUGGUUGGCUAACUUUUUGGGUAACUGCAAGCCCGGGAACGUGGUAGAUGGUUCGGUAAUGAUCUACACUGUUGGAUGCAUUUCCCUGUGCACUCUGAUGAUGCUGAUAUCUCAAACGUACGUCACAUCGUGGAGUAUUAGGGAUUACUUCGUCGUGGCAAAUGUGGUCCUCCUGUUGAUUGGAAGUUUGCUCGUUAUCGGUGCGCAUCAACAAAAUCCGCCUAAUGGUAAAUUCCGGGUACCUAUGGUACCCCUGGUACCGGCUCUGAGUAUUCUCUUUAACGUGGGAUUAAUGUUCCACUUGUCCCUCCUCACUUGGCUGCGAUUCCUCGUAUACUUUCUGUAUGGAAUUCACUACAGCAAAGAAGCAACCAGUCCGAAUUCGUAUUCGAUUCUAAUGGCCACCUCGGAAGCCGGAAGGGGCGCAAAAUGGGGUGCAACGUUGCGUGUCAAUCAAAAGCCCGAUAAAACGCCGAUUUUAAAUGACGAGGAUUUCGUUCGCUAGUAGCGUGGAAUUUGUCGAAACUGAAUACGUCCACCGAUGGCGUAGAAUACCAGCAUCUAGGGAUCUUUGUUCUAUGUAUAUAUAUAUAUAUAUGUACCAACGUUAUCUUCGAUACUGAAUUGAAUUUACAAAAACGAAUUAUGUAGCUGGAAUCGAACGCUGGCCAAGUGUCGUCGUGGUGAAAGUUACAUUUGUGGUACUGACCACCAGAUUUGCUUUCUUAAAAAGUUGGUAGAAAACAGUUUGGUUUCAUUUACAUUUUAUUACGCACAAAACAGUGUAUUUCUUUUUCUAUUUAUAUUCUACAG